CCAAUUUCUUCGGUUCAGGAACUUGGAACAUAGCUACAGUACAAUCAUCGAUAAUGGGUCAAGUAGUCAGCACCACCGCUUGCGUGCAAGCGGGAUCGUACCCCGUCUCAGCGGGUGUUCACUGCCUUCCACCAGACCUUACUCGCCGAUUCAAGAAGAUAUCCAAAGAGAUUCUAAGUGAUGAUGUCACAGAUAUCAUUAUCCGAGUCGCUGAGCAAGGAGCAGAACCGAACCACUAUCCGCAUGAUACUACGAAGCCAGCAUUCUCCUACAAAUACAUGGACGCUGGGUGGUGGACAUCCGGCUUCUUCCCAGGCAGCCUCUGGCUACUCUACGAGCGAUCGCUACACAUGCCAUUAUCUACAUCGUCCUCUGAUAUCCUCGACUUGGCUCUGUCAUGGCAGGAAGGCAUGGAGUCCCAGCAGUAUAACAAGGGAACACAUGAUCUCGGGUUUAUGAUUAUGCCCGCAUUUUACCGCGAUUAUCAGCUGCGUGGUAGUAACAGCAGCAGAGACAUUGUCAUCAACGCCGCUCAUUCACUCUCGACACGGUGGAACGAGACAGUCCAAUGUAUUCGUUCUUGGGAUUCCAUGAGUAGCCCUAGAUGGAACUUCAGCGACAAGAACAAGAACUUUCUUGUCAUUAUCGAUAACAUGAUGAACUUGGAACUACUCUACCGAGGCGCUGAGCUCACCGACGAUGACGAACUUGCCCGCCGAGCCACUGAGCAUGCAAAGACGACAAUGGCCCAUCACAUUCGCCCAGAUGACUCAACCUACCACCUGGUAAAUUACAAUCCAGCAAAUGGAGAUGUACAAGGGCGCUAUACCGUCCAAGGGUAUGCCGAUAAUAGCACUUGGGCGCGUGGCCAGUCAUGGGGUGUAUACGGCUACACGACAGCGUACAAGCACACGAAAGAUCCCGAAUUUCUAAGCACAGCUAAGCGAUUGGCCACGUACUUUAUCAAACGAAUGCGAGAGACCGCAGACAAUACUGGCAUGGUGUACUGGGACUUUGACGCGCCGCACACGACACCUCCUAUCCGUGACGUGUCAGCAGCUAUGGUGGUUUGCUCUGGGCUUCUGGAGCUUUAUGAGCUCACGGGGGACGCGCAGUUUUUGCCUGAUGUUGCUCAAAUGCUAGAAUACGCUAUAUGGCAUUCAAAGGCUCCCAACGACGCUGAUACAGUUUUGCGUGGCGCGACCGUCAACAAUAGCCCAGAUAACAAGAACCCAAGCUUUGAAACCGGUCUUGUAUAUGCAGACUAUUAUUUAUUGGAGAUUGGCAACAGGUUAUUGCAACUAAACUUAGCUUAGUGCAAUAGACACUUUUUUACUUCGUUUUACUCCAUGAUCUGCCGAACAAAACGCGUGUUAUUCGUAUAGUACAAUCAGCACGACCAAAAGGGAAGGCAAUUAGUGCUCAGCCU